AGGAAUGAAGAUGUAAAGUUAAACUGUCAGUUUACAAAUAAAGAUCCUGAAACUAGAGUUGUUUGGCUGAAGGACGGUUUACCAAUAGAGCUAGUGAAUAAUCUACACUUCUCUCUAGUUGAUGGAACUAAUCUUUUAAUCUCAGGUGCAACUGAACAAGAUAGUGCAGUUUACACUUGCCAGUUAAAAACCAGUUCUGGACAGACCUCAGCUAGUGCUAGUGUAACUGUACUCCCAAAGGAGCGGGGAGUGAAGAAACCCAGUUCCCCAGACCUACUUGACUUCCCUGCCUCCCCAGGGAAACCAAGGCUGGUUGGAUCUACAAACACAUCUAUCAGGGUAGAGUGGAGUAAACCUGUCAGGGUUGGGAAAAGUCCUCUAAGAGGAUAUCAGGUUGAAUACUAUAUCUCCGGUGAGGGCAACCAUUGGGUUCUUGUGAAUGUUCAGGAGGAAAGUUUAGUGAUAGAACACCUGGGUCCUAGCUCUACAUUGAUAUUUCUAGUCAGAGCUCGGAAUGAACACGGUCUAUCUCCUCCAAGUCUACUCUCUGACCCAAUAAAACCCAAUAAUGGAGGGAAUGAAGAAGAUAAUCUUCAAAAUCUAAUUCAAAAACUCAGCAUGAAGCAAGUUGAAUGGAAUGGAGUAGCUGUCAAUUCUGCGACUCAAGUCACCUUCAAGUGGAAUGUUGUGCAAAACAGGAAGAUUAUUGAAGGAUAUCAUCUAUAUGUUUGGAGGGUUGAAGGGGUGGAGGAGGAAGAGAAAGGAUUGAAGGUGAAGGAUGAUAAAGAAAGUGAUGAAAAUAUUGCUGGAGGGCAGACUGAAAACAAAGAGAUAAUUACACUUUCUGGAGGAGGAACUACAUCCUACACUAUGAAAAAUCUGUCUCCGUACACCAGAUAUCAAGCAUUCAUACUUCCCUUUGCUAAAACAGCUUUUGGCAGACCUUCAGUAAUUAUCUCAUUCACCACUAAAGAAACAGUUCCUGUCCUACCACCGUCAAGACUAGAAUUAAAGCUUGUGGAGUCCAGUUCAGCAGUAGCUAGUUGGAAACCACCAGCAGAAGAAUCUAUCGGGGGAAAACUUAUUGGAUAUAAGGUUGAGAUUCUGACAAAUGGAUCGCAGGUUGGAAACCUAACCUUGGAUCCAGGAUCGACAAGUCUUAUGCUCAACAAUCUAUCCUCAGGAUACACAUAUACACUUCGGAUAGCAGCUUUCAACGGUGCUGGAGUUGGACCUUACAGUGAUGAAGUAACACUGAAAGUGGAACCCUCUCUUCUCUUCUCUCCUGCGCUCGCCCCUAGCGGUGGAUUUAGCCGCAGCAUCCAUGAAACCUGGUUCGUCUCCUUCAUUGGGACAUUUUCCAUACUAAGUGUACUGGCAGCAGGGUUCCUUGUUUACAUCAGGCGAAGAAGUGCUGCUAGGAAACAUUAUGCACAAUAUUCAGUUGGAGAGUCUAAAACUGAUAACAAUAGUUUAACCUGCAUGGAAUCUGAUACACUUUGGAUAAAUCCUAAGGCUACUGGACUCUCCAUGUAUGGAUCAUAUCACGAGAAACCAACACAUCUUUAUAUCAACAGUGUCUAUCCUCCUGAGUAUGCUGAGCUGCAGCAAACCAACCAGAAAAUAAAUCAGGGCCCUACAGACAAAACAUUCCAGGAUUCAAACUAUCUUCCCCAGGGGCCCUGCUACGCAUCUACAGAUCUAAUGGAACAGUCCUUCAAUAAAACAAAUGGUUCUGGUGAGGAGAGAUCUAGUGGCGAGGAGCAGAGUCAAUCCACAGGGGAAACUACUUCCGGUUCUCUUUCUUCUAGGGGUAAAGCAUCAGUAGAAAGAAGAGAGAAACCUCGAAGAAUUAAGAAAAGUUCUCAUGAAACCAGCCAACAGUCAGUUCAAUGUGAUGGUUUAAUCAGUGCAUUCCAACAGAGACAAAUGCUUUGCUACAGUGUUGGGAACAGUCCCUACAGAGUUUAUAAUAGAGGACUAACAGCGGAGUCUGGUCCAUUGCCUCUGUGUGACCCAGGCCUUCCUCCGAUGCCUCCAAGCCGAGGACCUUCCUCCUUUCAAGGAGUCAGGGUUGGGUCCUUAAACUCCUUUAACGGUCCUUCUCCAGGUGCAAUUAGAUAUGGAAGCAACUUCUCCGUCCCAGGCCUGGUCCCAGGGUACCCGGAGUACGGAGGGAUGCUGGGACGGGUUUACAGGGUACAGGAGGAGAGGGGGUUUGACUCUCAGUAUGAAAGUGCUUCCAUUUAUCAAGCAACCCAUCCAACAUUAAACACAGCAAAUAGAGAAGAGAGCAGUCUAAUAAACCAUCCCAACAACAUCUGCAACAUUCCUACCAGCACAGCCAACAGCAACAACCAUUAUAUGAGCUGUGGAUCAGAACACUCUGAGAUGGAAUCAUUUUAUGCAGAUUCAAGCUUUGAAGACACACAGACUCAUCAUCCUGUUUCUAAUGGAGUCCUUACCCCAAGCCAACCAGGAGUGCUAGCCCAAGAAGAACAAAUCUACUCCACAUUCAAGCCUCCACCCCUUCAUAAUGAGAGAGUGCCCAAGAGGCGGCUUCGAAUGGAGAGGCGGUUAUCAGAUUCCCAGUCUAGAAAACUCAAAAGAUCAAUCAUAUCCCUUCAGGAGCGAGGGUCUGUAUCUGCGAACUGUAGUCCAGCACCAAACAGAAGGUGUAGGGAGGAGGGUAUAGUCCAUCUUAGCACAAGAGUAAGUGAGGAUAUAAAUGAGAUGGUAGAACAAAUUCAGUCCAUACAGAAUGAUAUCUCCGAGCUAGCUGGUAGACCCAUCUCACUUACUAAAUAAUUAUCAGUAAUGGUUCCUAUCUAAUAAUGGCAAACUUCUAUGUUCAGUAAAAUGUUAAUCCAUGGCCGUUAAAUCUAUUAAGUUGUUUUGCAAGCAGCUUGACUUUAAAGGAAUUGAGUCUUUGCCACACACUCUGAUUUUCUAAUCCCUCUAUCUUUGGAACCCAA